AUGUUUUCCCUCGCUAUAACGUUGCACCCUGCUAAGAGACCCUUCCAAACCACACCUACCAUCUACCCCUUUCGAGCCAAAAACUACCUAUCUACCACGGUUCCUGCCUGGGGGCCUAGGAAUCCGUCUAAACGAGAUCCUACCGAGGACACCCGCAGGCAAGUCGCCGAUCGACUCGAGCGAAUUAUGGACAUGAAUGGUCACCGAAUUUGGGGAUUUGUGUUGUACCGAUGCACGUACAAGAGCGACUCCGAUUGGGAGAAGUUUAUGCAUCAAUAUCUGAAACCAGUCCAGACCAGCUUAAAAAAGAACAAUGGUCUCGAUAUACUCGAUCGCUUUAGGCCGACUGUCUUUGAGGACCAGCGCUUCGACGGUGCCUCCUCCUUCACUAUUCGGGAUCACUUCAACAAGUGGGUGGCUACUGCGUCCCAGCAAGAACAAGGCAUCCCGGCAGAGGUAGCGCUGGCCACAGAUCCGGGCCGAUACAAGUUUUGUCUUAUGGUCGACGAGGAAUCGUUACAAUCAGUUAUUGAUCGUCCAGCCGAUAUGGAGGAGGAUGACGACGAGCGUGACCACUCCGCCUUCGUUAUUCUCGUGAGUGGGCGUUGGAACCCGGAAAUGGAGGAGAUUGAUGAUGAGGAGCUGGAGGGAUACGGUGGCUUUUACGAACCGGAGGUUUUCGAUGCAGUUGAUGGUUGUACUGAGUGGGACGUGGGGUGUAUGAGAGUGCGCUAUAAUAAGAUCCAGCUAAGAGGGUAUGUGGAGAUGAACGGCCGCCUGGACUGGGAGAUGCAUUACUGUCGUGUCCCUGAAGUCGGAUUUCGUUAUUAG